AUGGCAGACCCAUCAUUGUAUUACUCUGUCGGCCAGGGACCUGCGCCUGCUGAAGACCCCUCCGAUCCCAAUCGGAUGGCGCACCAAGUUCCCCCUCUGUCUCAUCCUCCUGCCGGCUAUGGCCCUGGAGCUGUUCCUCCUCAACCAGGAGCUCCCUACGGUGCUGCAGCUCCGAAUCAAUGGUCCCCGUACGGCUCGCCAUCUCCUUUACAGCAACAACCGCAGCAACCCCCGCAUCUGGCCUCCCCUCCUCAAUUCGGCUACAAUGCAGGCCCGCAGGCUGGGAUGGCGGCGCCUACAGAUCCGGCUUUGGCAGGAAUGACACAUCAAAUGGGUGGAUUGGGGAUUUCAGGAGACGGAGGGGCUCGGACACACAAGAAGAAACAUCGACAUGCACACCAUGAUAUUGGCGGAGCUUCCGUCACUGCCCCGGCGCAACAGCCGUUUGCUGGAAUGCCUCAGGGAGGUGUACAGCCGACAUCGCAGUUCCUAAACACCGGACUUAACCAAGCUCCGCGUCCUAUCUCGCCAGCUGCUGGUGUAGCUCAGCCCGUCGGCUUAGGGGCUGGAGCCGGAGCGAGUGCUGGCGCAGGCGCAGUCCCUACUCAGGGCAAGAUUGACCCCGAACAGAUCCCCAGCAUCCCUCGGUCUCGCGAUCUGCCCGCGCACUACUAUUUCAACCACGUCUAUCCGACUAUGGAACGGCAUCUUCCUCCCCCGGCUGCCAUUCCCUUCGUGGCCCACGACCAAGGCAAUUCGUCCCCGAAGUAUGCUCGUCUUACGCUAAAUAAUAUUCCAUCUACAUCCGAUUUUCUGUCCUCCACCGCGUUGCCUCUCGGUAUGAUCCUGCAACCACUGGCCCGACUGGAUCCGGGUGAGCAGCCGAUUCCCGUUCUGGACUUUGGAGACGCUGGGCCUCCACGAUGCCGAAGAUGCAGGACGUACAUCAACCCCUUCAUGACAUUCAAGUCCGGAGGCAACAAGUUCAUCUGCAAUAUGUGCACGUUUCCCAACGACGUCCCUGCAGAGUACUUUGCCCCUCUCGACCCGUCAGGAGCGCGCGUGGACCGCAUGCAACGUCCGGAACUGAUGAUGGGUACGGUCGAGUUCUUGGUACCAAAGGAUUACUGGAACAAGGAGCCCGUUGGUCUACGGUAUUUGUUCCUGAUUGAUGUCAGUCACGAAUCAAUCAGCCGCGGAUUCCUCAAGGGUGUUUGCAAGGGUAUCAUGGAGGCUCUGUACAGCACAGAAGGGUCUGAAAAUCCAGAGGACGAAACAUCACCAUCGCGACGGAUUCCUGAAGGCUCAAAGAUUGGUAUUGUCACGUUCGACCGAGAGGUGCAAUUCUACAAUCUAAGUGCACAACUUGACGGAGCGCAGAUGAUGGUGAUGACGGACCUUGACGAACCGUUUGUGCCGUUGAGCGAGGGACUUUUCGUGGAUCCUUACGAAUCAAAGGACGUAAUCACCGGUCUGCUGCAGCAAAUCCCGAAGAUUUUCGCCCACAGCAAGAAGCCUGAGCCUGCACUGCUUCCAACGUUGAAUGCGGCUCUCUCCGCUCUACAAGCCACGGGAGGGAAAAUCGUCUGUGCCGUGUCCACCUUGCCCACUUGGGGCCCUGGGGCUUUGGUGCGGCGGGAAGACCCCAAGGUCCAUGGAACGGAUGCGGAACGGAAGUUGUUUACCACAGACAAUGCAGCAUGGAGAGGGACAGCCGGUAAACUGGCGGGAGCUGGUAUUGGUGUGGACAUGUUCAUCGCGGCACCUAAUGGGACUUAUAUGGACGUUGCCACGAUUGGACAUGUCACUGAGGUCACUGGCGGCGAGACAUUCUUCUACCCCAACUUCCAUUCGCCGCGCGACAUCCUGAAACUUUCCAGGGAAUUGGCGCAUUCGGUCACCCGUGAAACCGGCUUCCAGGCACUGAUGAAGGUCCGUUGCUCGAAUGGCCUUCAGGUGUCGGCCUAUCACGGAAACUUUGUACAGCAUACGUUUGGAGCCGAUCUCGAGAUCGGAGCUAUCGAUGCAGACAAGGCAAUUGGUGUUCUCUUCAGCUACGAUGGCAAACUGGACCCCAAGCUGGAUGCUCACUUUCAGGCUGCGUUGUUGUACACAUCAGCCAACGGGCAGCGUAGGGUGCGGUGCAUCAACACGGUGGCGGCUGUCAACGAAGGGGGCUUGGAGACGAUGAAGUUUGUUGACCAGGACGCAGUUGUCAGCAUUAUGGCCAAGGAAGCGGCGGCCAAAACGCUCGACAAACCACUCAAAGACAUCCGGGCCAGCAUCACGGAGAAGACGGUGGAUAUUUUUAGCGGAUACCGCAAGAUCUUUUCCGGAUCGCAUCCUCCGGGACAGCUCGUGUUACCGGAGAAUCUCAAGGAGUUUUCCAUGUAUAUGCUCAGCAUGAUCAAAUCGAGGGCGUUCAAGGGUGGCCAGGAAUCGUCCGAUCGGCGGAUUCAUGAAAUUCGGAUGCUACGAUCCAUAGGAUGCACAGAGCUGUCACUGUACCUGUAUCCCCGGAUCAUCCCGAUCCACAACAUGCAACUGGAGGAUGGGUUCCCGAACGAACAGGGGCAAUUGCAGGUACCACCCGCGCUUCGCGCCAGCUACUCCAAGAUCGAGGAGGGCGGAGCGUACCUGGUAGACAACGGACAGACGAUUUUACUAUGGCUUCAUUCACAAGUUUCGCCCAACCUGCUUGAGGAUCUGUUUGGACCCGGGCAAACGUCCCUGCAAGGGCUCAACCCGCAGAUGUCGUCGUUACCCGUGCUGGAGACACACCUGAAUGCGCAGGUGCGGAAUCUGCUCCAGUACUUGUCAACCAUCCGAGGAUCGAAGGCGGUGGCUAUCCAGCUGGCACGGCAGGGACUGGACGGGGCCGAGUACGAAUUUGCGCGACUGUUGCUGGAGGAUCGCAACAACGAGGCGCAGAGCUAUGUGGACUGGCUUGUGCACAUCCACCGACAAAUCAACUUGGAACUGGCGGGGCAUCGUGCCCACUACGUAGUGUGA